UAAGGUGAGUGCUCUCGAAUUAUUAACAAUAAAGAAAAGAAAAGAAGGCGCCGCACUGAAAUUUUGUAUUAAAAUGUGGAGUUAUUAAGUUGCAAACUGGAGUAAGCAAGACGUUAUGUAUGUCUGUUGUAGUGUACCUUUUUCCUGGAAUCAAAAAUGGACUACUGAAAUAAGUGGAACUAGUUCUUAAACUGUUGUGUUGUGUACAACUGGGUUGUACCACAAAGAAUAGACCCGAGAAAAGGCGCGAAUACAUUGAAGUAACGCCGAAAGAUGUCCGUUAACGUCCUACCAGAUAUGGAUGAGCCCCGUCUCAAAGCCCUUGGAAAACAGUUGAACCGGAACAGGAAAUCAUCAAUCAUUAGUACGGGAAAAAUGAAAGACAAUCUUGACGUGUAUGUCAAGAGUUUGAAUAAGGCACAGAAAAGUUUAGACGGGAAAUUUCACGUUAGAAGUACACGCCUUAAGAAGAACUUAGCACGGGUAAGGGGGACGCAGAAAGUACUAAAAUCGAGAAGGGAGCAGUCAUUUUGGGAGGAUAGUGAGGAAUAUCCGUACGGAGUAUAUAAUGGAGAAAAACUUGAUUCAUUACGAAGAGAAGUUGAUAAUGUAAUCGAGCGAAAACAUCCAAAAUAUCGCAGACAGAAGAAGGUGGAACAGCACCUUCGAGAUGGUAAAAGUAUGGGGAAAAUUCUGGAAGAAGACGAUGCAAAAAUGCAGUUUAAUAUGAUAAUGUCAAAGGACAGGAAAAAUCCAUAUCUGAAAAGAGAAAAUCCUUUAACAAGAACGUUUUUCCAUAGAGCAGUACCGAACAGAAUUGAAGCUUUCUUAGACAAUCUUCAAGUAGCCAAAAAGGUACAACACGAAAGACAAAACGUUGAAAAACUGGACAUUACAACAAGUAAAAAGCAAUCAGAAAAUGAUUUGGUGCAGCAUAGUAGGACCCCGAAUUUACGGGUUGAACAACUGCGAUUAAAUGACAUUGAAAGUCCAAACGAUUCCGGUGUAUGUACGCCCAGUGAGUAUUCAGAGGAGGAUGUUUUUACCGCACCUUCCCCAGUUCAUUUCAGUUUACCACCAAUCACUGCGAAAAAAGAGUUUGUUACUAAAAACCGAUUAAAAGAGAAGUCAAAUUUAACGCUUCCCAACCUGUCUGUACGCCGUGCGACUAAGGGUGAUAUCAGUGCGAUCAACACAGACCGAAUGAAAAAUGACAGAUUAAAGAGUAGACGAGCCACAACAUUUAUGUUCUGAACUUCUGAUCACUACAAUGGUUGUGCAUUUUGUCCAUUGGCAGGCAACGUUAC